AUGGCUUUGGUGUUUGCCGCAGCAAGAUUCGACUAUAUCUUGAAGUCGGACAAAGGCACCGAGGAAGGAGUCGACGGUGAGGAAGAUUCGACGUAUGCUUUUUAUGCGACCAAGAGAAGAAGGGCUUCCAGUGCGAAGCAGGUAAAAUUCAACAUUUGA